CGUGGCUCCGUGGUGGUAGAUAGCAUUUCCUGCAGGUGGCAACCCCUCUCUCGAUCAGCAUCAUCGAUGCGCUCGGAGGAAUCGUCCUCCCGCUCUAGGGGAUACACACACCAAAAAUUCAACAGCCCGGAGAUUCGCACUCUUCGGCGAUCGACGACGAUCUUACCGCUUGCCGCAUUGUCAUAUAAAAAGAUCGACCGGCGUACCAAAAGCGAUCAGUCUAACGCUGACCAGGUUAGCUUAGUGGCGCGACCGUGCCAACAACGAAACAAGAGGCCAAAAAAACGGUACACACAGUGUGGGCGAAGGAAGGAACGAUCCUGCCACAAGAGCCACCACAGUGCAGUUCGAAAUCGAAAGUGAUCAGCGGUGCAUUCUUCCCAGUGUAACACGUGCUUUCAGUGUGCAGUUUACCUGAAGUGACUGAGCUGCUCACACGAAGAAGUUAAAAAAUGAAACUGUUCACCUUCCUUCUGCUCGCCGUGCUGGGCUACGCACGUGCGGAGGAGUUCAAUGGUUACUUCUACCCGAAGCCGAGCUGUUCCCUGGCCGAAACGGUGUACGUGACGCGAACGGAGACGGAUUACCAGCGGUACACGGAAACUAUCGCCACACCGGUGUACGGCGAUGAGCAGACGGUCGUGUCGUCCGUCUUCAUUACGAGCACCUACACAGCGACCGUUCCCGUCUAUCAGACGCUUACCAGCACCGCUACGUACACCGUAACGCCGCCGCUGCAACCGCCCCAGACCGUGUACAACACCGUAACGCUACCACCGGUCGUGUCUACCACGACCGUUGUCACGGCAACUCCGGUGUAUCGUACACAGACGGAAACGCGUACCGUUACACAGCCCCCGGUAACGCUACCACCCCAGGUCAUCUACUCCACCGUACAGCUGCCACCGGUAACGCGUACCGAAACGUCCGUCUACACUACCACCACACCCGUCAUCCAGACUGUGCAGGACUAUCGUACCGUAACGCUUCCACCUGUAACGCUUCCGGCCCAAACCAUCUACUCGACCGUACAGCUUCCACCGGUAACGCGCACCGAAACGUCCGUCAUCACCCGUACCAGUCAGGUGGUGCAGACGGUACGUGACACCGUAACGGUUCCGCCGGUAACGCUUCCGGCUCAAACGAUCUACUCCACGGUACAGCUCCCGCCGGUAACGCGCACCACCACAUCCGUCUACACGACCGCUACACCCGUCUACCAAACCGUUACCGACACGCGCACCGUUACGCUGCCCGGUGUCCCAGUACCCGCGCAAACGAUCUACAGCACCGUAACGUUACCGGCCGUUACGCGCACCGUCAGCUCGGUCUACACCCAGCCCGGCGGUUUCCAGACGGUGUACGUCACGCAGACCGAGUUCCAGCGCGACCAGGUGCAGGCCCAGACGAUCUACAGCACCGUAACGCUACCGGCCGUUACGAAGACCUUCUGCGCACCGACCUAUCUGCCGCCGCAGAACACGCUCGCCGUGUACAACCAGGGACGCUACACGAACGGACUGUUUUAAUUUCUACGCCAGCACAGCAAAAACUAAAAUAAAAUAAAGCUAAACGAAACGA